AUCAUCAGUUACCUCGACCUAGUUGUCAGGUGGCGGAAGUUUUCAAACUGAAAGAAGAAAUUUUGGUGUCAACAUUAUUUUCGUCUUCGGUAUCGACUCUUUGCUGUCGAAACAUUACAGCGCAAGAAUUAUUUGUAGGACUUUAAUGUGCAGUGAGAAAAAAUGCAAAGAUGUAUUUAACUGCAGUCUGAAUAAGUAAGUUAAAAGACAGUACCAAUAUUACCAUGGCCAAUCCAUUUGCUAGUGGCCAAGGAACAGGAGGUUUUGGACAACAACAAAGACCUGCAUUUGGACAGGCAAGCCCAUUUGGCCAGUCAUCUGGAUUUGGAACACCUCCCCCAGCAUAUGGAUCUGGAGGUUUUGGAAGUACUCCAAGUGGAUUUGCUACCAGUGGAUUUGGAACAAGUGGAAUGAAUCAACCAUCUAGUGGAUUUGUUACAAGUGGAAUGAAUCAACCGUCUAGUGGAUUUGUAACAAGUGGAAUGAAUCAACCAUCUAGUGGAUUUGGUACAAGUGGAAUGAACCAACCAUCUGUUGGAUUUGGUACAAGAACCAAUCAACCAUCUAGUGGAUUUGGUACAAGUAUCAAUCAACCAUCUAGUGGAUUUGGUACAAGUGGAAUGAAUCAACCAUCUAGUGGAUUUGGUACAAGUACCAAUCAAACAUCUAGUGGAUUUGGUACAAGUAUCAGUCAACCAUCUAGUGGAUUUGGUACAAGUGGAAUGAAUCAAUCAUCUAGUGGAUUUGGUACAAGUGCAAAUCAAACAUCUAGUGGAUUUGGUACAAGUAUCAAUCAAACAUCUAGUGGAUUUGGUACAAGUGGAAUAAAUCAAACAUCUGGUGGAUUUGGUAUAAGUGGAACAAAUCAAGCAUCUAGUGGAUUUGGAACAACAACCAGCACUCCUGGAUUUGGACCUCAAGGUUCAAUGUUUGGAGGUACAGGCUUUGGAACAACGGGACCACAAUCUGCCUCUGGUUUUGGUGCUUCAACAACUCCCUCUUUUGGAAGUGGAGGUUUUGGGACCCAAUCUCAAACUGGGCCUGUUUUUGGUAGUGCAACAACAACAGCUUCCUCUGUUGGAAGUGGAGGUUUUGGAACUCAAUCUCAUUCUAGUUCUGGGUUGUUUGGAAAUACUGCCUCAUUAGGAGGGUCUGCUUUUGAAAAUCAGUCCAAUACAAGCAAUGCAUUUGGGGUAUCAACUUUUGGAACAUCUACUCAAGCUAGCAGAAUACCAACUCAACCAAAGUCAUUUGGUGGUCCCACUUUUGGUUCUGUGUCACAAGCAAGUACAAUUGGUACUCCUUCGUUUGGAGCUACAACUCAGACUGGUAUGUUUGGUUUUUCCUCACAGGCAACAGUUUCUCAAACAACCUCUUUUGGUAGUCCUUCAUACGAAACCACAACUCGGAAUAACACAAUUGGACCUACAACCAAAGCAAGUACACUUGGGGGUUCUAGUUUUGCAACAGCCACCUCCACUAGGGCUCAGAGUUCAUUUGGGGGGUUUGGUGGUGCAACCUCAUCUGGAGCAACAACUUUUGGUGCAAGUGGUUUAGGAACAUCUCAUGCACCGACUGUAUUUGGACAAACAACUAAGUCUUCUGUAUUUGGAGGUACAGGAUUACAGACAGGGUCAUCAACAUUUGGUGGAGGAACUUUACCAGUCACCACCUCUGCUGGUUCCUUUAACACACAAACAACAGCAUCUAUAGGAAUAUUUGGUCAGACAGGUCCACAGUCAGUUGUAACUGGUACGUCAGGCAUGCAGUCUUCUGGGGUAUCAGGACAGAGAGGAAUUCAAUCAACACAAGGACCAUAUCCCUUUAGUGCAGCACCUUCAGUAUCAACAGGGCUGUUUGGACUUUCAGGAACAGCUGGUAAAUCUGAGAUAGGUGGGGAUGUGAAAAAGUCAGACAAUGCAAAAAAUUUGUUUGGAAAACCAGAAUUGAAAAUGACAGCCCCCAUAACAGAACUGAGUCCUCCGAGUACAGUUUUAUGUCCUGUGUCAACAGUUGGCAAUGCUUUUCCAGCAUCCAACAAGCCUACAGAUUCUGUUUUUGGUAGAUUACAGUCUCAAGGAUCUACAUCAGGUGCUGGUAUGUUUGGGAGACCUGAUGUUACAGGUAAUUUGUAUAAAGAUGAAAAGCUGAAAGUGUCAUCUAAAAAGAUGUUGUUUGGAAAACUUGUUGCUGGUUCAGGUGUUAGAAGACGGUCAAUGGACCAACCAGGAACCAGUUUUGACACUGACGACCAGACAACAAAGAGAAAACCUAGCAAAGAAAAUGAUGAAGAACCACAAUCAAAGAGACCAAUCAGAAGACUCUCUAGUUCUGAAGAAAUGUCCAAUAGAGUAGCAAUAGUCUGUCACUAUGUGCCUAACAAAUAUAACAAUGUCUUCUCCAUGAAGAAGCACUUCUCUAAGUUUGGUGAUGUAGCUAAAGUUUUUCCUAAUCCAAGGAAGUUUAUGACCACUAUACACUUUAAAACACAUGACGCUGCAAAAGAGGCUAAAGCUAGAGGGAAGUUUCUGGACAAAGGUGUACGACCUAUGGAGAUAUUCUGGAGUAGUUACAGACAAAGAUCUACCGAUGAAUCUGAUAGUACACCUGUCAAAAGAAAAAGUGAUCAUGAAUUUGCUGGUAUAAAACCAACCACCAAAAGUGCCAAAUUCCGAUGGGCCAAGAAUGAUUUAGAUGAUGAGUUAGCAGGUAUGUCAGGGACCAGUGAUAUAGCGUCACAACAGAUGAAUGUAUUGGACCGACCUGAUGAUGUUGGCAAGUCUUCCCUACCUGGUAGCCCUGUUAGAAGUUCUAGUCCAGGUCCAUCUUCAUCUAGGAAUGCAGUUACCAUACCAACUCAUGUAGAUAAAGGAUCAAUGGCAGUUUUAAGAAAUACAGUAUGCCACACUGCAGCAGAUAAGUUACAGAUCCUCAAUCUUAGAGAUAAGAUCAUAAGACUUGGAAUGAAGAAAACAGCAAAUCUGAAGUCAAAGGCAUUUGUUGGUACCUGUACAGAUAUGUGUCCUGAGAGAGAACGUUAUGAUAGGGAAGUGAAACGAAGACUACAUGUGUUUGAAUCUCUUAACCCUGGAAGUUCAAAUCCUCAGGUAGAUCAUAGCAGAGCAGUUAAGGAGUAUAGCAGAUCUUCAGCUGAUCAGGAAGAACCUUUACCACAUGAGUUACGUCCCUUGCCUGCUUUGAUACUUACCAUGAAUUACCUACUGACUGAGAUAGCAGAUAGAGGAGAGGAUGGAAAAUGGGAAGGUUGGUUUGAUUUCCUGUGGGACAGAACUAGAGGCAUCAGAAAAGAUAUAACACAACAACAGUUGACUACACCAGAAAGUGCAGAACUUCUGGAGAAAUGUGUCAGAUUCCAUAUCUUCUGUAGUGAACGCUUGUGUGAGGAGGACAUGCAUACAUUUGACCUUAAAAUCAACAAUGAAAAUAUGACCAAGUGUUUACAAACCUUGAAGGAGUUUUAUCAUGAUCUUGAUAAGAAACAGAACCUGUUUUGUAGAAAUGAGGCAGAAAUAAGAAGUUAUAUGGUCCUAAUGAAUUUGAAUGAAGGAGACAUUCUCAGAGAAACUCAACAAUUAAGACCAGCAGUGAGGAAUACACAGUUCAUCAAUUUUGCUGUCCAAGUUCAUUCUGCCUUAAACAGUAACAACUUUGUACGAUUCUUCAAGUUGGUUAAAAAGGCAUCAUUUCUUCAAGCUUGUAUAAUGCACAGAUAUUACACCCAAGUUAGAUCUAGAGCUCUGCUGACACUCAUAAAGGCUUACAGACCUAAAUCACACUAUUCUCUAAAUGAAAUGGUGAGAUGUCUAGGAUUUGAGAGCAGGAUAGAAGCCAGAUACUUCUGUAAAUUCCAUGGAUUGAAUGUGACUGAGGAGAUUGUUGUCUUAGAUAGGACAUCUUAUGUAGAGCCAGAAGAAUCAUGGCUGCCUAGAAGAUCUCAGAAUAUAAUAGAAAGUAAACUUAGUUGUCGUAUUGGUGAGGUAAUGAAUGGAGAGCCUUUGUUACCUUUAAGUUUACCAACACCUAUAAAUAGUUUUGAUGACAACCUUAGAUUUGUUGGUAAACUAGAUGUUAAUGUUUCUGAUAUAUCAGAGAUACAAACAAAGCCUGUAGUUCAGGAUAAACCUUCUGUACCUCAACCAGAGGUAGUUCAAGAGGUCAAACCUGAAGUCAAACCAGACAGUGGACCACAGAAACUGCAAUACACUAAUGAUGAUGUGAAGGAUUUAGCCAAACAUUUAUUCUGGGAGGUAAUUGGGGACAUGGCAAAAGAAGUAUCAGAAGAUCUGAUACAAGGAGCUAUGAUGAUAUCCAAUGGAACACAGGAUGUUUGUGACAUCAUUGUAGAGGAAGUGGUCACAGAAUAUGUUGGGUCAUUGUCACAGUCAUACCACACUGAGGUGACUUUAUUAAAACAGAAGAAAGAUAAAGAGACACUGAUACAGAGUUCUGCUGUCCAUUUUACUUCUGUGAUUAUAAAAGAUGUUGUUGAUCAAGAAGUCUUAAACCUGGCAACAGCAGAAAUAAGGGAAGUCAAGGCACAACUAAAGAGAGAACAGAUAGACAGAGGUGCUAUUGAAAUAUCAGAUGAACUUGUUGACCUUGUUAUGAGUGAGAUGUGUGAAGAGGUUGCUGAGGAAGUGUAUCAGAAGGAUGUUGUAGAACGACUAGAGGAGUUAGAUGAUAUUUGUCACUGUAUUGAACUUCAGAGAGCUGGCAGAUUUCUUCAAAGAUGGAAAAAGGAGUACUUGGCCAGAAUUAAACUGAAACGGUCAAUGUUAGACUUCCCUCCUGCUGUGGCCAUGGACAAUAGUUAUGAUACAGUGCAGAAGUUAAUUCCUGAAAGACAAAAUGAUGUUUGUGAUAACAAUGGGUUUUAUGUUAAUAAACUUGCUAAGUUAAAGAUAGACACUCCUGAACGAGAUUUAACCAAUAGGUGGGCAGUUGAUCUAAUGUUAAGUGCUCAUGAGUUAUACAGAAAGAUUUGCCACCUAAAGUCAUGGCAGCCACUUGACAUUGUAACCACAGCUGGUCCACAGCUCCAGAAACAUUUUAAAAUAUGUAAAUCUAGGACAUUUUAUUGGAAGUUGAUACUAUCACUCCCUGAUUUGAGGCUAUGUGGAGGUCAGGAAGAAAAAGAUGUUGGAGGACUGCUGGAAAAAUGGUUGAGGUCAAAGUUCACUAAAGGGAAAGAUGAAACAUCAAGUGAUAAAGAUAAGGAUAUGUUAAGCUUGUACAGAACUGAGAUCCAAUAUAGUCACAACAGUAUAGUGAAAGAUUUAGGAGUUUGCAUUAAAGCAGUGAAAGAUAAAGAAUUAGGUCACAGUGACCUCCUUGGAACAAAUGGAAUAAUUUUUGUUCUCCCUCCUGGCGUAACUGAUGAUUUAUCUGCAGAAUACUGGGAGGAUGCAAGAAGUCGGCUACAGACAUUAUUACAGUUGAAGCCAUUAUAUCCACCUGUACCCUUGGUGAUAAUGAUUCCACUGUUAAUCAGUGAUGAUUUAGAUGAUUUAGUUUAUACUGGUCUAGAUUUACCAUCAUUUACAGACGAAGAGUUUGUGUCCACUAUAUACCUUCGACCUGUUGAUCUACAAGAUUAUGGGCGUUCAUUGGAUGUAACACAACCAGAACUCAACCAAGAAUUACAAGAAUGUGUCCAGUUUUUAGCAGAAGCUUACCCACCACAGCCAGACAUCAAAGUCAAAUAUUUAAAAGAUUUUAUAGAUGAUUACAUACUAAAGAAAUUCUUUAGUCCAGUUUUACAUAACCUUAAACAAAGGAAGCAGAAUGGUUUUCUGCAUCAGAUGCCAGAACAGUUGGUUAUAUUAUAUAACCAUGUGAUUAGUCACAUGUCCAAAGUCUUAGCAUCAGAAACAUUGAAGGACCAGUCUUGGCCAGUUGCAGAAUUCUUUUCAACAAAGAGCCCCACUCUUUGUAUACCUGCUUCCCAUUGGAACACUGAAGAUCAUUUAUAUUGUAUAGAACAAUUAAUAGAAUCACUGCAGUUACCAUGGUUUCUGAAUGAUGAUUUUGAGAAAGAUGAUUGGUCAGAAAUAUGUGAAGUAUUGUGGAUUUAUAUUGACAAAGUCAUAGAUGACCAUUCAGGACAGGCCAAAAUAGACCUAUCAUCUAAGAUAAGAUUAAUUUUGAAGAACACAGAGAGAGAUUUUGAAGAUAUUUGUUACUUACUAGAGAAGGAGACAAGAUGUGAACCUUCAUAUGAAAAUAUUCCCUGGUCAGAUGUCAUAUCAGCUUGUAUAGACUAUAAACUAACUGUUACCAAGUUUAAUGAUACACAGCUGAAUGAUAAGUAUGAACUAUUGGCAGUGUACCUAAAGAAAGAACUAGAUGAUUACCGUCCACCUGAUAGCUGGAAAUUCAUGGAAUCUGUCAAAGAUUUUAAUGUGACUACAUCAAUGAAAUCUUCAAUGCAGAUAGCAAAAAUAAAGUCAAAAGCAAAGAAAGCAGAAGAGAGCUUAUCAUAUGAACCUGAUCAUGUGAACAAAACACAAAACAAUGCUAACAUCAUUCUAGAAAUAGAACCUGAGUGUGUUCAGGCUGCUCGUAAAAUAUCAAUAUCACUGACAUCUGAUCUUAAAAAGGAACAGCGAGAGUCAAACAAAUAUGACGAGUUUCUAAAGAAUGCAUUGUUGAAUGGAGACAUGAACAAUACAACAAUGCCUGAUAUCUCAGCUCUACCACCCUGGAGUGUGUUUGAUUCUCCGGAGAAAACUGUGUCAGGUGAUCAUACACUCCUGGAAAGUUUAAGUGAACCUUUAAUAACCGAUGAAGUCGACAAACUGAAAAAAGAAAUAGAUACAAACAGAAGAGCUAGUGAUUUGUUUGAAAGUCGGUUAAAACAAUGGUUAGGUAGUCCUGUAUGAUAUGUUGAACUUCUUCAUUAACUCAAGGGCAUUGUUAAUAUAUAUUCAUGUAAUUCAUGUUUGUGAACCAUCAUUAUACUUGUUUUACAAUUAAUGAUACAUUGCAAUUUGUGUAAAGGACUGAAAAUACAUUGUGUUACUGUUAUUGAAUCAUGUAUUAAGUGUUUAUACUUUAACAAUAGUGCUAUACCAAAAAACAGUUAAUUCUGUUAUUUAUUUAUGAUUGUAACAAACACCAAAGAACAAGUGGGUUUGAUGAACUUAAUAAACACUAAAUAAGGCCAAAACCAGAUAAAUAAUGAAGAUCAUGAAGGUGUAUAUAUUUUAUUUAAUUAGCACAUGAUUUAA